ACGUAUAAAAAAGCCCAAAGCUUAUUGGUCCAUUCAACCACCAAAAAGAAACCCUAGUUCCACCAUAUAACAAACAACCCUAAACGUAUUCAGCUGCUGUCUUUUCUUUUUCCAACUUGUGAGAUCCGCUAGGGUUGUGUUCUUCUUCAUUCCAAGAAAUGGGUAAGGGUACCGGAAGUUUCGGAAAGAGGAGGAACAAGACACACACACUGUGUGUGAGGUGUGGCCGCCGCAGCUUUCACUUGCAGAAGAGCCGAUGCUCCGCCUGUGCUUAUCCUGCCGCUCGCGUCAGGAAAUACAACUGGAGUGUGAAGGCAAUCAGAAGGAAGACAACAGGAACUGGUCGCAUGAGGUACCUUCGUAACGUGCCUCGCAGGUUCAAGAGCGGCUUUAGAGAGGGAACUCAAGCAACCCCAAGGAGCAAAGGAACUGCUGCUGCCAGCACUUAGGUUUGAAGGAAGAUUUUAAUGUACUUUAGUGCUUCUGAAUUAUGUUUGUUUGGUUUUUAUCACAAGUGGAAUCUUGAUACUUUAUUUUUGUUAUGGGAGGAGACCAUAUGCUUUCUAUUUGAUUUUCUGCUCCACA